AUGGCGACCAAGUCACAAUGGAUAAUGGAUCCAAUAUCCCGGACGCGGUUCAAGGACAAGCACGGUGUCGGGAUUGAGGAAGAUGAAGGCAAGGCGGCCGCAGAAUGGACUCGCACGGCUUUUCCCGGCAUGAUCCAUUCGUGGGACGAUAUCAACCCCCUAAAAGAACAUUGCAAGGGCACCAUCAUCUUGAAAGGCAUUCAGGGUGUUCCUGACGCCCUCAAAGCCGUCGAAGUUGGUGUUCAAGGGAUCGUGCGAGACAUUUUCCUCGACUCUGGGUUCCGGUAUGGCGCGGACAUUGCCAAACCUAUGGCGCUGGGAGCUAGAUCGUACACAUAUGUCUUAGUUCUUGGAGGUGAGGAAGGCGUCGGUCACACCCUCGGGGUGCUGUGCGGCGAUUUGGACUUGACGUUGCAUCUUGCCGGCAUUCCGCUUCCCAAAUUCAUCUCAAUCGAUGUUCAUCAAGAUUGUCUGUAG